GAUCAUUUAAAAAGCACGGUAUGAAAGUAACGCUUGGUAACGCUUUGAGUGCUUCGGAGCAAUGUAGUUGUGUUCAAUUAUAAAUAUUUAAAGAUUUUAGUAAUUUGUUGUGUAUUCAGUCAUGGAUGGUGAUAUUGAAAAUAUUCAUAAGAUCCUGUUAGACGCACAAUUACCAUCCACAAUAUCUGACAUAAGAAAUCCCACCGAGGAGUAUGUGAUUAAUCUUCUAACAAGUUUCUUAGCACGAUUUCAAGUCGAUACUAAUGCUUUACAAAAGCCAACUUUCGAGCAAUUGCAGAAAAUGUAUUAUGCGGAAGCUUACGAUAGCAUAAUUGGAAUUGUCAAUCUGAAAGCAACGAUAUCUGGAAUCUCUACAAAAUUAUUUCUCAAGGAUUUCAGUCUAACAGAUAUCACAAGUCCUGGACCAAAACUGCUUAGAAGACAAGCCAAAUUUAUAUCUAACUUUGUCAUAUACUCAACAAACAAACUCUCUGAUAUAAAUGAUGAUAUACAAGCAAUCUUAAAUAGACGUCAAACUCUUGAAGACUUAAUAAAAGAAAAAAAUGAUGUUAUAGAAAAAGCUAAUCGUGAAGCUCUUUAUACAUCUAAACAAUUAGCCAAGGAAGAAAAGUUAAAAAAAGAAAUAAAAGAAGUUCGUCAGAGGGUAGAAGCAAACAAACGUAAGAAAACACAACUUGAGUCAACACUCAAAGAAACACAAAAUGAUCAACGAGAAGUAGCAACGGAGCAUGGUGCCUUAAAAGCAAAGGCCUUAAAAGAAGCGAAACUCAUAGCUAAGCUAGAAGCUGACGUAGUGACCAGCCCAGAAGAUUAUCGGAACCACUUACAACAACUGGAGCAACAGAGUAAAGAGAAGUCAGAGCGUCGUGAAAAUAUGCAGGAAGCAAUUUCCGCAAAGAAUAACUUGAUUGAGAAAUUAGAGAAGAUCAUGGCGUUUGUGCAGGAGCAACACGGCAAAUUUCCCGAGAUAAAAAAUACGCUUAGCUCUUUGAAGGAUGCCGAGACGAAUGCCGAAACUAUGAAAAAGAAAGUUGAAGAAUUAGAUAUGGAGAUUGCGAAAAUCAUUCAAGAAAUGGAACAGCACGAAAAUCAAUACGGAUCUGAUGAAAUCAAAGAGAUACGAGCGGUGAGCGAACAGCAACUAUCUCCACUACGAAUCCUCAAGUCUGAACUAUCCAAUGAAAAUAAAAUUGCCAAAGAAAACUUCGAAAAGGAGCACGAGCGUCUGCACGAGAUUCGUCUGGAACGAAACCGACUAGCCGAGGACAUUCUCAAAGUACAGGAAGACAUUAAAAAAUUUCUGAAAGAUUGUCAAGAGCUAUACGACAGGGAAAUAGAGAGUAACCAGAAGCUACGAGAUGCGCUAUUUAAUCCAUAAACACUCGAAUCCUUCCAUAUUUCAUUGAUCAAUUAUAUUUUGUAUUAUUUUAUUAAAUAAGUAAAUAUAAAUACAAUUUUACUUAA